AGCGAAAUCACCUAAUUUUCGUAUUAAUUGUGCAUGAACUACAAUGAUUUAUGUUAUCAAUUAUUGCGACAGUCUUCUCGGCCUUAAACUUUGAAACACUUUCUGGAAAAUAUAUACAAAUUAUACUUUAUUGAUAAAAUUUCAAGUUAAAGGCGGUUGUCAGCUGCAUGUGCCAGUUCUGCGACUGACCAGAGUGCGUUUAUUCACCUUUCAUAAUUUUUUAUAAUUUGAUUAAGGUAGCGUUGUAUGUAAGUAUGUUAAUUCUCAGCUCGUGAUCAGAUUAAAUGCUUUAAUACUUAAGUAUGACUUUAGUAUAGGGGAACUAGAUUAUUUUGCGUAAUUUUGGUAUCACUGUGUAUUUAUUUUCAUAAAAUCCAAAUUCGAAAUUGCGGUCUAAUUCUUUCCUCAACGACAAUAGAAAAAGCUAAAAGAAAGCCGUCUAUGAGUAGUACUAGAAUAAUAUUUAUAUGUCCUAGUCAAGACCAAUUCAUACAUAUCAGUUUAGUCGAGUUAGAUUGCUCAAGUUGCUGAUGAGAUUUAUUUCCCCUUAACUUCAUUAGACGCUUUCGAGACACUUGUUUGCUUCCACGCAAGCACCUCACGUAUGACUUCUCAAGCUGAACCGUAACUUGUAGCAUACUGUUAGACCAUAACACCAUUGCUUUCCGCAAAUUUCUUCGAGAUUUGGUUUAUUUGGUUCUACCGAAGGCUUUUCCGCGAAUUGUAAGCCUAUUGAAAAGUUUUGUUGAGUUUCUGGUGAUAUUUUUAAAAUGUUUUCUACUUAUAUUUAUAUUUAAUUCUCCUGUUAUCUUCAUAUUUCGACGAAUAUCAAAAAUAUGUGUAUGCAGAUCUAUCUGUGGCGUAACAGCCAGUCAGUAUAAGCUAACCUAAUGUAACCUUCAAUUUUUUUGUCCAUUUCCGGUGGUGCCUCAAAUCUGAAAUUUUUUUCUAUGCUUCGAUUGAUACCUGCUUCGCGAUUAUACCAAGUGAACAUCAUUACUCAGAUUUCAUUGCCCAUAAUAGCAUUUAAAGCAUACCCGAACCGCCACAGGUUUCAGUCGGUUUGAUAAUACGAUGAAAUAUAAUUUGUACUUAGUUGCUAUCUGACCAGAUUUUUGACAGGCUUCUAGAGACUUGGUAGCGCUCCUUUUGUUUACACACCGCAAGAAAGCAGCAUUGAUAUUAUUUUUAAGUAGCGUUUGAUUGCUGCCGAUGUUAGCGCAAACGAGCUUCUAUCAGUCAAACAAGGGUUAAUACCAUAUGUUUCUUCCAUUAUAUAUAUGUAUAUAUAUACUAAACUAAUAUUUUUCACAUGUUUGAUUGAUGCCGAUAUUUGAUUGGCAUCAUACUAUUUUAUUAAUAGGUACAACCAUACACGCGCAUACAUACUUACAUACUAAGAUGCAUACUUAGGGGCUUACCUUGUAACUAUGCAAAUGAUUUAGCUUUUUUGUCGAUAGCCUAAUGCAUAUUUAAUCAUUUUUUUUGUUCGUAAUCAGUGCUUUGCAAUGAGUUUCGGUUCAAUGACAAUUCUUGACCUUGAUGUUUUUUUUACUACAAACAGCAUCUUUAAUCAAUAAUAAUUUUCCUUUUCUUAAUCUAUUUUACAUUAGCAGCACGUGUUGAACGCUUUUAGUUAGCACCGUGCUCCAGUGUUGCACUACUUAUAUUAACACACCCACCCACUCACUUGAUUAAAUGCCAACAUGUCCAAGUCCAAAAGACUUACGGAAAUGGACGAAAAGGACUCGCUUUCCAUAAUGGAUAGCUUAUGCGCGCCGAAUGUAUGCUGUGUGCACGAUGAAACGAUCGAUCUUGGCAGCGAUGCCUUGGAAACGCCAAUUGCUGAUGUUGCCGCUGGCGGUGAACGCGAGAAAUGGAGUCGUGAAAUAGAGUUUCUCUUCUCGUGCAUUGCACUCUCUGUCGGGCUGGGCAAUGUGUGGCGAUUUCCGUUCAUAGCGUUGGCGAAUGGUGGUGGCGCCUUCGUUAUACCCUACGUCAUUGUAUUGCUACUUAUCGGUCGUCCCGUCUAUUAUAUGGAGGUGCUUAUCGGACAAUUCGCCAGUCGUGGUGCAGUGGGGGUGUUCGAUAUGGCGCCCAUUAUGAAAGGCAUCGCGUAUGGUCAAGUUUAUGCAACAGCACUGGCAACUACUUACUACGCCGCCAUUAUGGCACUAACUAUCAAAUACUUACUUGCUUCAUUCGCCGAAAUACUACCCUGGGCAACAUGUCUACCGGAAUGGGGAGAUAAUUGUGUAUCAAUUACUAGCUACAAUUCCAGUGCCAAUGACAAUGCUACAGAGGGAAUGCUCAUCUCUUCAGCCGAAUUGUAUUUCACCAAGGUGGCGCUGCGCGAGAAGGACAAUAUCGAAGAUGGCAUCGGCGCACCGAAUCGUGAUUUGGUGAUCUACUUAUUUCUUGUGUGGGUGUUGAUUGCGAUAACGCUGAUUAAGGGUAUUCACAGUUCCGGUAAAGCUUCGUAUUUUCUGGCUUUAUUUCCUUAUGUCAUACUAUUUAUUUUGCUUGGACGUGCUUUAACCUUGCCUGGCGCCUGGGAUGGUAUAGUUUAUUUCUUAAAACCACAAUGGGAUCAGCUGCUAAAUGCUGAUGUUUGGUACGCCGCGAUCACACAAAUGUUCUUCUCGCUAGCGAUCUGCUUUGGCACAUUGAUUAUGUAUGCCUCGUUCAAUAACUUUCAUAAGCGGGUGCAUAAAGACGUCAUAAUCGUGACCACAAUAGAUUCCUGCACCUCAAUACUCGCUGGUUGUGUCAUCUUCGGUAUACUCGGUAAUCUAGCGCUGGAAACGAAUACCAAAGAUAUAUCGAAGGUGGUGAAGGGUGGCGCUGGCUUGGCCUUCAUCUCAUAUCCGGAAGCUAUAGCGAAAUUUAAAUUGUUACCACAAUUAUUUUCCGUGCUCUUCUUCUUCAUGUUGUUCGUGUUAGGCAUUGGCAGCAAUAUAGGCAUGUCUUCCUGCGUGAUAACGGUAUUCAAAGAUCGUUUCAAACAUCUACCACAAUGGGUGAUAACUAUCGGCUUUUCAAUAUGCAGUUUCCUAUGCGGACUCAUCUACACGACACCGGGCGGACAGUUUCUACUCAACUUAAUUGAUUUCUUCGGCUGCUCAUUUAUAGCAUUAUUUUUGGCUAUUGGAGAGAUUGUGACUAUAUCGUGGAUUUAUGGCGUCAAACGCUUUUGCAAGGAUAUUGAAUUUAUGUGUGAUCUCAAAACUGGUAUAUAUUGGCGCAUCUGCUGGGCCAUUUUCACGCCUGGACUCAUGUUUCUUGUGCUCGUCUACACGUUGGUUACCUACAAACCGCUCGUAUAUAAAGACGUCGCCUAUCCAGACUAUAUCAUGAAUAUCGCUUGGCUCUUGUGGUUCAUUGGUGUCGGUCAAUUGCCUUUUUGGGCAUUAUAUACAGUUUACCAGCAGCCGGGUGGUACGCUAAAGGAGAAAUUCCGUCAAGCCAUACAACCCGAAUCCAAUUGGGGUCCGGCGUCACCAGACAAAUACGAGAAGUAUCUACUAUUUAUGAAGCAUUCACAGCAAAUACCGGAUGAUAGUUGGACGACGCGAAUAUAUGACAAUAUUUUCGGUUAAUUUUAAGUGAAAUUCAGCAUUAAGUACUUAAAGCGCCUGCUUAACUACCUACUUAUGUAUGUAUAUACUUACACAGCGUUUCUCGAGCGCAAAAAUUACAAAAAUAUGUUUUAGCUUUAAAUUUACUUUCCUAGUUGGUUUUAGCUUUGUUUUAUUAUUAAUUUCGCUGCUUUAAGGUUUUUAUAUUUAUAAUAAAGAAAGUACUUAGUUACUCUAAAAUUUUGUAAAUAUUGUGUAUUUGAUAUAUAUUUUUAUAAUACAUAUUACCGUUAAUUGCUUAGUUUGUUAGCUACUGCAUAAUGUCGCAUGAGAGAGAGAGAAUUGGAAGAGGAAGAGUGCUUUCGCUACUUUUUUUUCAGAAAUUCCACGUGACUGACUUACAUAGCUAGUUUAGGCAGGCGGUGCAGUAGUGGCAAGUAGUAAAUUGAUUUUUAUAGUGUUUAUUUUCGUUUUAUUUUUUUUAUUUUUAUUUUUUAAACUAAUUCUUUGAUAUGAUUUUGUUUUUACUUCUAGCGAAAGGAGCGAGGCACGAAUUUUCGAAAAUUUAUAUUUUAAAUACCGUUAUUUAUAAAUAUUUCCACUCUUCACAAAAUGUAUGUAUAAAUUGUUUUUCUAAUAUAAUAUUAUAAUAAAUUUUUAUUAUUUUGAUUUUUUUAUGAAAAUCUAUGCCAAACCUUUGCAGCUUUUAAGGCAGAUAACCUCAAAAAUUAAAGCGAAAAGUAAAAAAAUCCAAAAAUCAAGACCAAAUAUUAACUUCGGCUGCACCGAAACUAUAAUACCAUUUACAGGGACGUUUGUUGAAGUAUAAAAGGUUAUAAAAAGAUCUUUAGCUAAAUUUUGAUCGGUCAGUUAGUAUGGCAGCCUUACUCCGAUCGUUCAGUUAUUAUGACAGCUAUAUGCUAUAGUCAUCCGAUCUAUACAAUUUCUUAAAUAAUAAACCAUGCCAAAUUUCGUGUAUAUACCAUGUCAACUGAAAGAGGUUUCCAUAAAAGCACUUGAUUCUGAUUGUUCAGUUUGUAUGUAUAUAUACAGACAGAUGGACAGACGGACAUGGCUAAAUCAUUUCAGCUCAUCAUGCUGAUCAUUUAUGUAUAUAUCUUAUAGGGUCUCUGACGUUUGCUUCUGGGUGUUACAAACUUCGUGGCAAACUUAAUAUACCCUGUACAGGGUAUAAAAACCAGUGGUUCCCAACUAAAAAAUUUUUUUUUUUAAUUAAAACUACUUAAUUUCAGCAUCAAAUAAGCGAAAGUAAAUGAAAAGUAAAGCCAUUUUAAAUACCAAAUCAAAAAUCAGUGGUUCCCAACAAAAAAAAAAUAUAUAAAAAAAUCUAAAAAUACUACAUCUUAGCAUGAUAUUGUAUUAAUUGUAUUAAUUCAGCUAAUAAUUUUAAAAUGUGGUUCUAAUAAUUUAUUAUUUAAUAUUUUUCCUACUUUUUUGAAUUUUUCGACUUUUUAAAUUGCUGGUUUUUGUGUUUAUUUAAUUUUUGUGUUUUCGCAAUUUUUAUUUCUUACUGCUAUCUUUGAACUACUACAUUUGUAACUUUUAGUUAUAAAAUUUAAAGCGAUAUUUUAUUGUUUUUAUUUACCUUUUAUUAUUACUCUCGUAUUUAAAAUUGCUUAAAUAUAAUUUUAAUUUUUUUAAAUUUAAUUGCAGCUUAAUGGUUUUUCACUGAGUGUAGCACUUUUGCUCGCAUUUAUUGCGUAAUUGAUUUUUGUUUUGUUUAUCACAGCAUUUUUGAUUUAGCAAGUAUUUAUUGAUUUAUUAAUUUAAAGCUAUUUAUUGCUACUGUUGUUUAUUUAUUAAUUUUUAUUUUGUUUCUAAUAAACUUAUUGCGUACUGAUUUACUUAAAUGUUCUACCUUAUUAUGUAAUAAUCAUUUUGGAUUUCAAAAUUUAUUAAACAAGCGAAUCAAAGUUGGUUUGUUGUUGCAGUUUUAUCUAAAACAAGUGUUUAGCGUUAGUUUUCGAAAUUUCAGUUUUUGAAAAUUACUUAUAAAUUUUUAUCUUCUUUUUGUUUUUUUUUUUCAAACUUAUUUAUUUAGUUUUUGAUAUAUGUAGAUUGGUUUUUUAAUCCUUUACUUAAUAAUAAUUCAAAAAAAUAUUUUCUUAUUACUAUUUUUGUUUUAACUUUUUUUUUAAUCUGUGCUUUUGUUUGAGUUUUCUAUGAUAUACAAGGAAAAAUAGAAUCUUCCUUUCUUAUCGAGAUUCUCAUCUUUUAUCCUUUCUCCCUUUAAAACUGAUUUCACAACUCCUUUUAAAUCGUUGCUGAAUAUAACUUGUCCCUCUCACCUUUGAAACUUUUCACACUUAAUGUUAAUAGAGCACACCAAAUUUUGAUAUCAUCUCCUAACGAUUUUCCCUAGUUUUUUCAUUUCACCGUAAAACGAAAGGAGCAACGACCGUUUGUUAUUAUAUAUAUUGUUUGUUACUAUAUGCAUGAUUAGUUUAAAUUACCAUUAUUUUCGUCGAUGACAAAUUACACUAAAUUUUCCACAAACCAACCUAACUGUAACUGAACAUUUUAUACUCUUGCAACUGGCAAGAAUCAAAUGCCUUCAGGUGUCGGCAAAACUUUAUAUUAAAAAAUGUUGCAUUAGAAUUAAACCUCCAUUAUUCCAAGAAAUGUGAGUAAAUUACUAUGAAUUUGGUAUCUGCUUGCCUUAGAUUAUUAACUUAGACUUUAUUUUAUUGCUAUAUGGUAUUUUAGUUAGCAUUAUUACUAAAAUUAUACUAAAAACAUCAUCAAACGAGAUACACGUGAUAUCAACUCAACCGAAGCGGCUAACGCUAAUAGAUUGAGUUGAUGUGGAAAACGUCAACCAGAGAAUCGGAAUUCAUUAUAUUAGGGAUAUAAGAUUUAGACUAAGGUGUAAACUAAUUACAUUCUAAUUCAGCGCUAAACCACAUAUUUUUAAGAAAACUUGUCCAUUUAAUUUCAUAAGAUAUAACAUUUUGAUCAACCUGAACGGUUUAAAGUCAGGUCGAAAGACGGAAAUCAUAUCAUACGAGUAUAUGGGGUAUGUCAGGGGCAGAGAAAUGGACGGGCAUUAAUUUUAACAUUGCUCAGGUAUACUUGAGAACAUAUUUUCAAGUAUUUUUUAAGUAUAUAACUUACACACUGAAUGACAUAUUCGCCAUAAAAUUUGUUAGAAAAACAAAAAUCAUUAAAUAUAGUAUAUGUGAGUUGGGGGUAGUAUUGACCCGAUUUUAUAUAUUUUUGCCAAUACGACAUACUAUUAAGAUGCCACGUACAAAUAAAAUGCUACUUGGGUUGGAUUAAGGUACCUCACAUAUCAUCACUAAUCUAUAUGGACUUAAGUCAGCCGAAUGUUCGGAAAUUCUGAUAUUAGUUAUAUAGGGGCUAGGUCAAUUUUUAAGCGGAGUUUUUUCAUUUAAGGCAAAAAGAUACACUGUUAUUAGAGAACACGCUCUCUCAUUUUUAUUGAAAUAACUCACAUAUUGGCCGAUAAAUACGGUAUAGUCGCCCGGAACUUCGAAAAUCUUUACAUUUGGUAUAUGGGGGCUCAGGGAAGUAUAGACUCGAUUCAAACCAUUUUGGACAUACAGACCUCCUAUCAUCAGAAAAAGAUUAUCUCUGAAUUGCAAUUAUAUAUCUCACACAUCGACCGAUAUUUUCUGUAACAAAUCAACUAUAGGUACUGUGGUCCACAUAUUCGGAAGCUUGGACAGUUGUAGUUCGAUUUAGACAAUUUUUGGUCACAAUGUGGCAUACUUUAAAGGCAUUAUUCGGACAAAGUUUUAUCCGGAUACAUUGAAAGUAUCAAAUGGAAUUUAAAAUUGUGUUAUAUGGGGAGUAGGCGUGGUUGUGGUCCGAUUUCCUUCAUUUUGUACAUUCAUUGUAAAUCUACUUUUGCACUGUAACAUAGGAAUAUUAGAGGAAUUUUAUGCACCAAAUUUAGUUGAAAUCGGUCAAGCAGGCCCCGAGAUAUGUGAUUUCAACUAGAAGUGGGCGGUGUCACGUCCCAGCGUCCAAUUUUGACACCGGCUCCUAUAAAGCCCUUUUGUACCAUCCUGGAUGUAAAAUUUAAUGUCUCUGAUGCAUUUCGUUAUUGAUUCAUCACACUUUUAGUUGUUUUUAACAUAACCG